AUACGAAAAGGAAUGCAUACAUUCGCGCGUGGGACGGUAACGCCCAGAGUGAAAUUACUGUUACAUGUUUCAUGUGUUAGCCGGUAUUAGUUGUAAAUUUUGUAAAUUUGAACGACAAAUUAGAUAUAUCUUAGUUCGGACAGACACAAUAUGGGUUUCAAUACUUCCUCGGUGUGGAUUAAAGUGGCAUUUAUAUGCCUGAUUUUGGCAACUAUUUUGUUCGUAGUCGGAUUUGCAACUGUAUCAUGGAUGACUGCCUAUUAUGACGCCUAUGGUUUAUGGAGGAUAAAAAGUUGUGGUGGUGUUUUCCGUACCCGCAGAUGCGAUUCGAUUAAAGUUGAAUCUCGGUGGCUAAAAAGGAAUGGAUGGGAAGACUGGUACCGCGCUACCCAGGCGUUUGAAUGUAUUGGGCUGAUAUGUCUAGGAAUGGCACUUCUAAUCAUGGUUCUGUUCGUGUUCGUGGACAGAAUGAGGAAACGGUCCCCGCUUCUAGCUGUUAUCUUCUUCUGUUUUGCUGCCGUUAUCGCCAUGGUCAUCGGAUUUUUAAUAUUUGGAAUUAAACUGGAAGGUUUAGACAUCGGAUGGUCGAUGGGUCUUGCUAUCGCUGCGUGUGUACUCACCUUUGUAGCUGGAGUUAUGAGCGUAAUUGAUCUAAAGAAAUAAAAACAGAAAUAAGACACAUGUAUAACAAAUUUUACUCGUAUUUGUAUAGGAUUUAUGUAUAUUGUAUUGUGAGAUGGAAAAUGUGUGGCAAAACAUGAAUGAUUUCCUUUAUAGCUUGUGGAUAAUUUGAUUACUUUGAAAAUGAAUUUUUUAUCAUUAUUGAGUUGGCACCAUAUAAAAAGUUACGUAUAUCACAGAAAACAAGCAUUUUUCUGAAUUUCUUCGGUUCAUUUCUGGAAAGGUUAGGUUUAAAGAUAUAUUAAUCUAUAAAAGCUAGAUAUAUGAUAUCUAUGCAUACGUGUUUAAAUGUGCAGUUUCCUUUCAAUGUUAUCAAUUACUCUCUAGCGUUCAUAUAAUAAAUAAAAUAAAUUUUACACAUAACAUAACAUAACAUAACAUAUUGUUUAUUCGACAUAAAAUUGUAUAGUGCAUUCAGUUCAUAGUCGAUAACUAAAGUUCCAAAGUUACGGAUUGGCCGAGUAGCUUUGUAUCACCUACUCCCACCGCGAUCACAAAGGAUGUGAUUUGUUUUUUGUAAGAAAGCCAUCCUACUGUAUUACGAAUUGUGAGGAUAACAAAUCCCUUUGCCUGUCCUAGCAUGAAAUAACGUCUGAGUUCGCCAAAAUAAAACCUGGAAAGUCGCCAUAAGGUGUGAUUUGAAACUCGCAUAAACGUACCUUUUGAAAAGGUUAUUAAUUAAUGAAAUGCUUAAAGUAUUUUGUGUAUAAGAAGCCUCUCACUUACAAUCUUCAUCUGUGAUUUUAAAGUCAAACAUAUACCUCUUUGUAAUGUAAUCCCCUCAUUAUCGUUGUGCCUUAACUAAGUUCUAGACUGCUGAUAAUUUUUGUGUUUCAUUUUCUCUGUAACUAAUUUACACGGAACAAAUUUUCUAGUGUCUCAAUAUAUUUCAGUAUUUACUUGACUUAAACAUUGGCUGCAAAUUUACAUGCAAGCACAUUGGGUUCCAUAGAUGAUAAAUUAUAUACGAUACGUGGUAUUUUGAACAAGGUUAGCCCUCAAACAUAGACGUCACUUGUCGUCAUUGCGAGAAAAUUCUAAUCAAUGUUAGUUCCAGUCUUAUUAAAAGUUGGCCGUUACGCUUGUCUAUGAUCAAAAGCGUUUGCUUGAAGGAUCAUGUUGAAGACGGGGCCAUAUUUGAGGAUUUUUUCCAGCUAAAAUCCUCAAGUUACAUAUUUUAAUGCAGCCUUUGCGGUUUUGCUUAUUUUUACAUUAUGAUGUAUAGCUAAAGAAUGAUUUAUGUAGUUAACAGGCAUUUCAGGUUUUUUAACAAGCACUUGAGAUCAUGUUUGCUGAUAUAAGAAGGGAAUUAUAGACGACGGAUAAAAAAUAACUUUGUAGAUGGACGCAUUAGAAAUUUUGUUAAGUGCACAUUAGAUCUUAGUAUUAGAUCAUGUUAGACCGCUAUCUAACUUCACAAGAUAUCAUAUAGAUACAUUUUAACAUACCAUGAAACCAUUAAGUACGUGUCGGCGUCAUUAGCAUUUCACUGUAAUGACUAUUUUCACAUAACAGAGCAUUUACAGAGAGAUUUUGUGUUUGAGUCACCGAAAUGAACGCCAGAUAAUGAUUCCUGAAAUUGAAUAAAAGCGUAUUACAUAAUUAUUUUAGCAUUAAAUUUUUAUUUCCAUGAUAUGGAAACGAUGUAAUUGUGUUCGACCAACAGGCAUAUCGGUAUAAGUUUGUUUAAUUCUGUUUUACAAGGGGACUAAGUUACUGCAUCCCCAUCUAAAAAAGGUUCUUUUCUGUUCAAAAUUUGCGUGCCACAUAUUUAAGUGUAUUAGCGAUCCUUUCCUCUUUCAUCUUCGGCAUUAAAUGUCUUUUUAUAGUUGUUUUAUUUUGAUACGUUUUAUAUUGCUUCUACAUCCUCGAACACAUCAAAAUGGAAACAUUGCAACAAAAUAUAUAUUAUAGGAUCUUACUAUUUGUAAUUUGUUUAUAUUUUGAUGUAUGUAAUAUGAUCUAUGAAAUUUAGAUAUAAAUUUUUAUACUUUUGGUACUUGUAGGGCAGAAAAUUUUGUAAAAAAAUGUUUAUUUUUUCGGUAAACAGUAUGUGUAUAUAUGCAUAUGUUAUUAAAUACUUUGCAUACAACAUUUUAUUAUCAAUUUAUAGUGUGUUUACUGCUCGCUUAUGUCACUUUAUUAACCAGAGUUUAAUUUUAAUUCCUCAACAUAUUAACUAAAGAGCUGUUGAGAGAAAAAAAUAUUACGAAAGAUUCCAGUGGUAAAGUUAUAUAUGCGUGGUGAUUUUGUCAUGAAAGCGUGAUAAGACGAAAUACAACACACAAAUAAAUGAAAGCGAAACCAAACACAACAUCAUACGAAAUAAACUCUAUAAGUGCGUUUUAUUCGACCAGGCGGGGCGGAGUUAAUCUCUUGUUUAUGCAAAUAAUGGUAAUCUCAAAAAAAAACGAGCGAAAUAGGUAGAGCUACAGUGGUUACAAUGUAAGGAAGAUGGCCAGUGUAUAAGAAAUCAGCCGAAUAUACUACAUAUCCUGCACAAUAAUACAGUGGGCCUUAGCGAAACUCCGCCCCGCCAGGUCAAUUAAAAUGCACUAUAGUAAGGGACACAUAAGAUGCCUUAAAUAAGACCUGUAGUUAUCUAUGCAAGUGUGUGUGAGCUUAUCUGUUACCAGCUAUAUAUAUGUAAUCGAUUAUGAACAAUAGAACAAUAGUGCACUUUUCUUUUAACAAUGUAAACGUGCUGAUUUCUCAAUGAUUUUAAGUUUGAAAGAGAACUGCUAUUUUGACAUUGAACUAACAUUUUAGCAAACUUUAUUUGUAUAAAUAUUUUUGAAAAUGUC